AAAAAAAAAACUGUGGAAGAGUUGAAGUUGAAGAAUUCUUAUGGCCCUUACCAGUCUCAUCUCUAAACUUUUUUGUUUUUGGAAGAAAAUAAUCCACAUAGUAUCGGGUUCCGUUUAGAUAACUGAAACCUCUUCGUCUAGGAAUUUCCCUACAUAUACAGACACACAUACCACUUUCUUCUCACCCACAAACAAACUAUAUACCAACAAAUUUCAAAAUCCUACUUGAAAAUGGGUGUAACGUCACUUGAAGAAACCGUAAAAUAUCUGGCAAAGAAACGCAACAACAGUCAUUUCAUGUUGGUCGAUGGAAUGUCUCAGCUAAUGACCGAAAAGGUUAAGAUGUGUACCUCAUUGGAUUUCCAUGCUUUUGGUCUCAAAUGGAGGUUCAAUAUCCGCUCAGGUGUUGAAGAGGAUUACUUAUCUUUUUAUCUGCAUAUCAUCGAUGAAAAGUGUAGUGGUUCUAAAUGGGAAGUCAACUGCACUUACAAACUCGGCAUAGUCUCUCAGACUGCAGCAACUGAUAUAAUCAUGCCGUUUGAGAUGGAUUUCGACUCAGACAGAACAUCAUGGGGAGAAUCCGAGAUAAUCUCAAUAGAGUCGUUGAGGAAGGCGUGUGUUGUGAAUGACAAAGCAGUUUUCUAUGCGGAGAUAACCGGAGUCAAACCAAGAUCUCUCAAGGUUUCAAGCAUCCCUCGAACAAACGGGACAGCAGAACGCCUUACACUGAUCGAGACGAACAACAAUAGAUUCUCCUGGAAGGUCACUCGGUUUUCCUCCAUCAAUUCUCAAGUUCAUAUGUCGUAUGAGUUCACGUUUGGACCACGGAGAUGGUACUUACAGAUGUACCCUAAAGGAUGUGGGGAAGGAAAAGGAAAUUCGUUCUCUUUGUUUCUGCAUGCGUCCGAUUUUGUGAGCAAUGUUCCUGCGAAAGUAACAAAGGCCACCUUUAUACUGCGAGUGUUGGACCAGCACAUGCGCAAGCAGCACUAUGAAUAUGAUGCAGAUGGUGUGUUUGACGGUAAAGAAGACGCCUGGGGUAGCCAGACGUUUUUGGCGCUAGAGAAACUCCACAACCCUUCAAACGGACUUCUGUUGAACGAUAAGAUUCAUAUUGUGAUUGAGUUCUUAACUCUCUCCACACAGGACUAUCUCUGAUGCGCUUUUGUUGGAUUCGAUCAAGACCACAAGAAUAAAAUACCCUCUAUGAUGAGGAACUUAUCUACCUAUUAUUAAUCUAAAGUUUGUGUAUCCUUAUGUGUGUCUAUAUAUAAGAAAAUAAAACAAAAAGCAACAGAUCAAAUUCAGUUGAUUGUAUUGUCUGAUGACAUGCAUGACAAACAUUCAACUGUAUCCGUUGCUAUGUACGAGCUAGUAAGGCGGCUCCUUGUGUGCGUGUACGUGCCUUUCUAUCUGUAAUGCUAUCUAUAUAUUUGUGUGUACUUUAUAUAUGUGUGACUGCUCAUAGACCUACCAUUUAAAUAUUUCAAUGACAUUUUUUGUGUGU